AUGUUGUUACCCGCUCACGAGAUCUGGUAAAAGAAAAAAGGAAAUAAUUGAGAAUGGUAGUCAAUUUUAGAAAACGAAACUUCAUUUCCCUUACUUUGAACAAAAGCUGUCCUUGAAUGACCUUGAUUAGAAAAGCAUCGUACGAGAGAAUAAGCUGUCACGUGAUUUUUAAAAAAGAAAAACAUCAAACACAUGUUUGGUAAGGCGGUAAGGCAAUAAAGAAAAACUUGCUCUGUUAAAAUUUCUCAUAGGCUGUCUAUCUUUUCAAAACGAUUCGUCCACUCUGAAAGUUGUGAAGAUAAGGAAGAGAAUCGAAGAGAUACGAAGAGAAUUGCAACACUCAGUUGAAGUUGAUCGACAGAGAUCUAGGCUUAUUUUAAAAGUUUUGAAGGACAACUCCUUUGGCAGAAAAAUGCCUGACGACGUUGGGGUCGCAACAAAACAAGUAUGCUUGGGUUGUGGGUAUGACUACAUCGUGGAUGCAUACAGCCUCGUACAACCAGGGCAACAAAGCCAAAGUGAGCUACGCAAGCAGCUUUGGCUCUACCUAACCAAAGAUGGAGGCUUUAGUAGAAAAGCUUACUUACAGGAGGAGCAAUCUCAACUUGGUAUGACGAGGGUUCACAUCGACAGAUUCUGUUUGAAAGAAAAGGAAGCGCAGAUGAUAAUAGCCGAGUUGAAAACGGGUGAUUUUGGAGCAGUUAAACAGAUUGAAAGAACAAAGAUAGACCAGUUUACACUGCCAGAGAAGUUAACUUUCACCCUUCCGUUUGGUAACGUAACCUCUCUGAAGGUCGGUGUAAAACUGACAAAUGAGAGGAACGACCUUCUCCUCGAAACAGAGCUGUUGGAGGUGAAAAUACCUUCGCAGACUCAUCUGAACGAGACGAGACAACCAGUGGAGCAUGGCCACACCCCUGAGUAGAACCUCUGUUCUUUGGAGUGGCGGAGAGGCGUGGAAAGCUGAGGUCGAAACCUGAGCGACGUUCCUGCGAUUGAACACGCGAAAUUAGUCGCUCGAUGGCGAGCAGGACUGAGACAUUUCGUGUCCUAAGCCAGCAAUGUUUCGGGGUGCCGCGAGCCGCGAGCCGAGAGGCGCGAGCCGUGAGCCGUGAGCCGUGACAGAUAGCAGAAGACGUUCACUGUACAUCGACCGAACUACGCCGAUCCGCUCUCGCUGUCUCUAUAACUUCUCCCCUCACCAUUUACCUUUUUAUUUUUGUUUUUACUCCCUUUCUUUUCUCUCAUCUUUGUUGUCUGGAGGUUUGGGUGGGAUAAACCAGGGCGAAAACGGAAUCGGUUUUACCUCCCCCCUUAAUGUAGCUUUGCUUGUUCUGGCAAACAAUGAUAAUGAUUUUAAUCUACUACGUAUCAUUGUCGUUUUCUUAGUGCCUAGGAUUAUAUGUAAAGAUCGUUAUCAAUGUCCGUGGAUUCAUGUUGCAUGAAUGAUUAAACAUUGCAUAAAGUACGCUCCCUAGAUUAGUCAGAACUGAAUGUAAAUAAAGCAAACAAACAUCGUUUUUCGAGAUGUCUCCUUAGCGGAUUGGUUUGUAAAGAGCUUUGACCAUCUUUAAGUAGUAUGCCCUCGAUUGUAGUCUACACGUAGAUACAAGGAAAUCAUAUGCGCUGUCUAUGUCAUGGUAAAUAAAACAAAAUUAUGCUGAA